CUCCUAGUUGCGAUAUGAAAUAGGCUCGUAUCUGCUUAAGGCGGCGGCGCCAUCUUGGCAUCUCAGGCGUAAAGGAGACGGCGGCAUCCAACCCACCUGGCACCGCGUUACUCAGACUCAAAGGACCAAGACACUGACAGGAGGAGACAGAGGAGAGAAGACCACAUCCGUACAAGAGUGUCCCACCAUGGAGGCGAGUGAGGGCUUGGGACUCUCCGGACCAGAUUCCCCACGACUCUUUCAAAUGAUCAAGGAUGAGAUAUUAGAUGGAGAGCCUGUGGAUGGUGGACAGCAGGAGGAUGCACCUAAGCCUCAGGAUGACCACCGCAGGCUCAAUCACCAGCAGCAGGAGCCCAUGAAGAUGGAGGAAGAGGAGGAGGAAGGGAGAGGUGUAGGCGGUGGAGGAGGAGGAGGAGGGGGUGGGAGAGGAGAAACAGAAAUAAAGGAAGAGACCAUGGAUACAGCAGCAGCAGCAGCAGCAGCAGCAACAUCACAGCUGGAGUUCAUGAUGCUUGAACAGCAACACAAGCAGGAGGAGGCUGAAGACCAGCUUGGCUACCAGCACCAGCUGCCACCACCGCCACCACCACCACCACAGGAGGACGCCGCUGCCCAUCCUCCACCCCCAGAACACCACCACGACCUCAGUGACCCACAGCAACAGGAGGAGGAUGCAGCAACAGCGGCGGUCAAGGCAGCAGUGACGGCCAUAACGUCUGCUGCCACUGCCAUGACUGACGACAAGAUGAUGUCCGGGUCACUGAAGAGGCCGGCCAGUGAUGGGGGACUGUCUGAGGAGGAGCCGGCCACCAAGAAGCAUUCCAAUGAGGUGGACAAACUGUGGAAGAACGUCAACGACAACCCCAAUGACUUCCAGGCGUGGACCCUCCUCCUUCAGCACAUUGACCAGGUGAGUGACCUCGAAUCGGGACGGGAGGCAUACGACGGCUUCUUUGAACGCUACCCUUACUGCUAUGGCUACUGGAAGAAGUAUGCCGAUCUGGAGCGUAGGAAAGGCACCUACGAGACCUGCGGAAAGGUGGGUGAGCCGAGCUGACCUGCUGAUCCUUUGUGUGCCAUCCCUCUGAGUGUCGACCUGUGGCUGCACUACCUGGAGUAUGUCAUGGCGCAGUUCCCAGACGAUGAAGCAAAAGUGCGGGCAGAGUUCGAGCGUGCUGUUGACGCCUGUGGAUUGGAGUUCAAGUCAGACAAGAUGUGGGAAUCCUACAUCAACUGGGAGAGUGGCGGCAAGCGCUGGAAGAAUGUCACCCUUCUGUAUGAGCGUCUGCUGGCCACCCCAACCUCCAGAUACAUCCAGCACUGGCAGCGCUUCCAGGAACAUGUCCGCAAGCACAUGCCAAGCGAAGUGAUUGGAGUGGAGGAGUUUCUGUCACUGAGGAGGGAGGUGCUGGCUGAGCUGAACCGCUCUGACAUCGAGACGCCUGAUGAGGCCCCGCCUGGAGUGGAGACGGCACCAGGGGAUGACCAGCUGGGCACUAAUGUGCAAGACGAGGAGACCAAAUUGCUACAGAAGAGCAUCAUCUCAGCCCGCCAGAAGCUACACGAGGCCACAGCAUCUGAGGUGAAGUCCCGCUGGAGCUACGAGGAUGCCAUCAAGCGGCCUUACUUCCACGUCAAGCCUUUGGAGAAGAGUCAGCUGUCGGCCUGGCGCACCUACCUGGACUAUGAGGUGAAGCAAGGAGAGGACGCCAGGAUCAGGGUGCUCUUUGAACGCUGCCUCAUUGCCUGCGCCUUCUAUGAGGAGUUCUGGAUGAGGUACAUCCGCUACCUGGAGGAGAACGGAGGGACAGAGGAGGAGAUCCGCUCAGUGUACCACCGCGCCUGUGUCAUCCACCUGAGAGAGAAGUUCCGGCCACACCUUGCUUGGGCAGCCUUUGAGGAGGAGAAAGGCAAUGCAGACCGGGCCCUACAGAUCCUGGAGGGGCUGCAGCAGUGCAAUUCCCCGAGCCUGGAGGCAUACAUGCAGGCGGCCGGGGUGGAGCGGCGGCGGGACAACCAGGCCGGGGCAAGACAGGUGUUUGAACGAUGCCUUGUCAUCCUUCUUGAAGAGCCAGACAAGAAUAUUCACUCACAUGUCUCUAUUAAGUUUGCUCGCUUCCUUACCAUGUUUUGCCGGGAACAUGAGAAGGCUCUUGAGGUGUUGAAGGAAGCACAUGAAUUUAACAAGGAGAACAGCAAUGUGGUGUUGGCAAUAGUGGACCAGAUGUUGCUAUUUGACCCUCCACGCAUCAAUGAGGCGGUGGCAGCACUUAAGGAGGGCAUCCACACAGCACCCCAGCCUGGCACUCAGCUCCUCUUUGCUCACCGGCUCUUCCACUUCAUGUCAGAGUGUGGCCAGGACCCCGGCAGCAUGAGUGAGGGCCUGAGGGUGCUGAGGCAGGUGCAGCAGGAGGUCAGACAGAUGGACACAGGUGAUGCAAGCAUGGCAGAGAUGGACAGCACAGUCACUGCCACCAAACAAGAGGAAACUAUGUCGGGU